GUAUAUCAGACAAGGCCACCUGAAAUCCCACAUGAUCGGUCCUCAGCUUUUUGCUAUAAAACUUGCUCAUUUUUCCAUUCUCAACCAAGCAGUUCCAACUUCCUCAACAUAACAUUUCAAUCUAAGUCUCACCUUCAAAAAAGCAAAAAGAAAAGUUUACAUUCUCAUUUAGAGAUCACUCCUACAAAAUGGUCAGUACUAAAAAGCUCAUUAAAAUGGCGAGAAAGUGGCAAAAACUAGCAGCUGCAAGCAGAAGAAGAAUUUCAUGGUCAAGAACAAUUGCUGCAAAGGGUCACUUUGUAGUUUACACAAGUGAUAAAAGACGGUUUAUGAUUCCUUUGGCUUACCUCAAAAGUGAGAUUUUCACGGAGCUCUUUCGAAUGGCAGCGGAUGAGUUUGGUGUCACAGCUUCAGGGCCAAUUAUACUUCCUUGUGAUUCAACUUUCAUGGAGUACGCAAUCUCCAUGAUCCAAAGACAUGUAGCUGAGGAUUUAGAGACGGCACUGAUCAUGUCCCUUACCACCUGCAGAUAUUUUGCAUUGUCAAAUAACCUUCGAGAACAAAAUAAUCAACAAUUGUUAAUAUGUAGCUUUUAGAAACUUUCCUAGGUCUUGUAUAGAUUAUAAAUAGUAUACUUCUUGUGAAAUGCCGGAAGAAUUUCAAAUAAAAAGAUCUUGUUCCUUUAACAUUACGCCUGUGUUUUUGAUUUAACGUUACAUCUAUGUUUUGGUCCCUUCAUGGUGCAUGGUACAA